AUGGAGCCAGCAUCAGAGGAGGCAACGCCCGGGUGGAAGACCUGGGAUAGCUGCUGCAUCUUCGGUGCCAAAGAAAGCCGCCUCGCAGCGUCUCUUCCAGCCGAUUUUCAAACUUUGACAAUCGAAAAAGCAAUAGAUAGUGACUCUCUGGUAGAAUUCAGCCGGUCUCACCAAGUCUCAGAGGGUAUUAUUGUGAAGCUCGCCUGUUGUUCAGCAGUUGGCAGCUAUGCCGGUGUGGAGGACGUUUGUAUUGGAGUUGAGACAGACGGCACCAGCAGCCUGCUUCGAUGCCGUCUCGGUAGCCAGCAGACUUUCUCGGGUCUUUCACAAGCGAUUGAGGAGAUAGAGCUGCCAAUUGUUGGUGAUUCCAGCCAGAAUCUGCUUAAUCUUGCUGGCUCAACAGGCCUGUUUGACACGAUACUCUCAGUCCGGGGAUCUGCAUCGGGAGCCGCAGAGGCCAGCAAGGAAGUUGACGAUGUCCAUUCCUGUUAUUCACCGUGUCAAAAGAGCACGGACGCGUAUGUAGCGGUCCAAGUGAAUCUGCCGCUAAGAAAAAUCGACGUCAAUUAUCCAUCCAGCAUCUUCAACGCGACCCGGGCGAGAAGAUUCGCGGAACUGAUCUCAAAAACUAUCUCAGAGCUCCUCGAGAAUUCAGACCAGCGGCUAUGCGACUUAGACUUACUGCCAGCCACCGACGCACGCGACAUCGCGUAUUGGAACGACAGAGACCUGGGCUCCUACGAAGCCUGCCUCCACGAUGAGAUACACAAACGAGCAGAAGAAUCGCCAGACAGCCCUGCAAUCUGCGCGUGGGACGGUGAUUUAACCUAUCGCCAGCUGGACAUUCUUUCAUCCCGUGUUGCUUGGAGGCUUCACGGGGCUGGCGUUGAUCCAGGUUCGUCCACUGUGGUCUUUUUGUUCCACAAGUCGAAGUGGUCAGUUGUCUGCUUGAUUGGCAUCCUGAAGGCUGGUGCAGCUGCGGUGGCCCUAAAUCAUGACCAUCCGGAGGAGAGGCGCAGCUAUAUUCUCCAGGCCACGAGUGCAAGUGUCCUACUUGUUGGUAGAGACCUGGAGAAUACCCAAGAGAUACCACUUGGCAGCGGACUUACCGAGAUAACGGUGGAUGAAGGUCUGUUUGACCGUGACUCUUCUGAGCCCGACCAUGCUGUAACGUUCGUUUCGAGCACUGUCAAACCGGAUGAUGCUGCGUACAUUCAAUUCACCUCCGGCAGCAGUGGGACACCGAAGGGAAUCAUAAUGGAGCACCGUACCUACAUGGCAAAUGCGGUUUCCCAGAUCGAAGCAUACCAUAUAACUAAGGAAUCCAGAGUUCUCCAGUUUGCUAGUCAUAGCUUUGAUGCAUUCUUGAGUGAAGUUGUCACAACGCUGCUCGCGGGUGCCUGUGUCUGCAUCCCCACUGAAGAAAGCCGUCUCAAUGACCUGUCAGGCGUCAUAAACGACUUCCGGGUCAACUGGAUGGGCAUGACACCGACUCUUGCCAGGACACUGCGGCCCGUGGACGUCCCGACUCUCAAAAGUCUUGCUACAUGGGGGGAAAUGACCAGUGAUGAUAUUGUCGAAGCCUGGGCAGAUGUAGUCGAACUCUUCAACCUCUAUGGACCAUCAGAAAACUCCGUUGGAGCGACUGCACAUUUGCUGUCUAAAGGGACCCGGGACCCUAGCCACCUAGGCAAGCCCCUUAGAGCAGUCAAUGCGUGGAUUGUCCGCACCGAUAACCGGGAAAGGCUUGCACCGAUAGGUACUGUCGGUGAACUUGCUCUACAAGGACCAACUGUUGCUAGAGGAUACUUGGAGAAUGAUACCCGCAACGCAGAUUCGUUCAGAAACUGUAUACCAUGGAUGGAAUGUGAAGCCAAGCAUCAGAGAAUCUACUAUUCUGGCGACCUUGUUCGGUAUACUGCAGACGGUAGCUUGGAGUUUGUUGGUCGACGAGACACCCAAGUCAAGAUCCGAGGUCAUCGGAUAGAGCUCGGCGAAAUUGAAUGUCACAUAAAUCAAAUGCUCGGCAGGUCGAACUCUGGUUCAGUGGUAGAAGCCCUUAUUCCUUCAUAUCGUCAAACUCAACCUAUGCUCGUUGCCUUUCUGGAUGAGAGCAGUGAUUACAUUGAUAUGCCGACUCAUGGCCUAUUGCAAGCUGCAUCAGAUAGAUCCAGAGCAAGGGCUGCAGAACUCGAGGAAUAUUUGGCUAAGCAUCUACCAAUUCAUUUUAUACCCUCACUAUAUCUGCCCCUGGCAUACAUACCGACGAAUACCUCAGGGAAGGCAGAUAGGAAGUUGCUCAAAGCAGCUUGCGAGCCUUUGUCAGAAUCUGAGCUGUUGGCGUAUUCAUCUCAGGCCAAGCCAAAGAGUGCACCUCAAACAGAGAUUGAGGCUAAGGUAGCCUCUCUCUGGUCGGAAUUACUUGGUGUUGAAGUGAAUAACAUUGGCAGAGAGGAUAGCUUUUUCUGGCUGGGUGGAAACUCUAUCCUUGCUAUGAGAUUCGCUGUGGCAGCUCGUCGUGAAGAUCUUCAGGUCACUGUGGCAGAGGUUCUUUCUAACCCUCGGUUGAACCAAUUAUCUGCUAUUUUAGAAAGGCAGAACCCAGAAAUACAUCCAGACGGUAUCCCAGUAUACGAGCCCUUCUCCGCCUUGUCUACUAGCAUGCGCGAAGACUUUGUCUCCAGAAUAGCAGCACCCCGUUUGGGUGUGGAUGUUAAUGACAUACAGGAUGCUGGUCUAGCAACUGAUUAUCAGAUUGAAAAUCUUGCCUGGUCUUCGCUGAAGACCCGUGGAGGUACAAAUUACAUCACCUUUGACUUCACUACCGCAGGUGUUCCCGCUCUAAAUCUUCAGAAAGCCCUGGAAAAGCUGAUACUUUAUCAUGAUAUCUUGCGGACAGUCUAUUUGGUAUUCCAGAGAAAAGUCUACCAAGUCACUUUGAAGCGGCUUCCAGUUGAUAUUGUACAUUGCAUGUACAGGAAAGAUGUGCCUCAGGCUACCUCGGCGGUAAUUGAAGCUGAUACCCCCUUACCAGUGGAUAUCUCUCACUCGCUACUUAAGUUUUGGUUAAUUCGUGAUUUGGACGGUACAGUUCAACGGAUGGUUAUGCGUGCGUCCCAUCUGCAGUACGACGGAGUGAGCCUCAUCCGCCUAUGCAGGGAGCUUGGCACUGCAUUUCAUAAUCAAGAUCUUUAUCCAAUUACUUCAUUCCUCGGAUAUUCGCAUUUUGCUGCCACACAUAAUGAGGAUUCCGCAAGAGCUUUCUGGCGCAAGACGUUGGCUGGUUCUGCAAUGACCUCCGUUUUCCGCCACACCAGCAUACCUUGGAAAUAUGUGCUAGAUGGACAAGUCGAUACCAUGAUUGACACAGCUGCCGUUCGCUCAGACUCAGAGAUUACCAUUGGCACUACAAUAAAGGCAGCGUGGUCUUUGGUUCUGGCAGAAAUGUCCGGUAGCGAUGAUGUCGUCUUUGGCUCCGUUAUUUGGGGUCGGAAUACUAUGUACACGGGAGUCGAGCAUGUAGCAGGCGCGUGCAUAGACAAUAUCCCAGUCCGAGUGCAAAUUAGGAAUGACAUGACACGGCGACAGCUUCUAGAGCAAAUACAGAGACAGUACUUCGAAGCUGUCAGCUUUGAGAAUUUCCAAUACAAGCGGAUUGUAGAGGAAUGUACCGACUGGCGACCAUGGGAGCGACUCAGCACCUUGGUUGAAUACGAGAACCUAGGCGAGGAAACUACAAGUUUCAAGCUGGACGAGACGCAAAGCUUUACGGUCGAUGAGAUCCGGCCCCCAGCAGAUCGGCAUGAUAUCACGAUAUUCAGCACACCUGUUGGCCCUGAAAAGACGUUUAUUGCCCUUGAUUUUUGCAAGGAUGUUAUCCCUGAACCUUUGGCGCAAAAGAUGCUGGACCGCAUGCUGGAGCAUAUACGUGGUUUCCAUGACAAUAUAGAUGAUCCACUGCAGCUGGCUAAAGCGGAUAUCAUGGAGCUACCUGCUAUCCCCAUGUUAUCCCCUGACACCCUCACUCAAAGUAAUAUGGACCCCGUCAGGCUACAGUCGUCACAUGCUGUCAUCUUUUCUUCCAAAGAGCUGCGUGAAGGUCGAAGGUUGCUGGUAGAAGAAGCUUGGGCUGAUGCACUGGGCUGUCAGCCAGAGCAACUUGCCAUAUAUUGGACGGAGAGCACUCCUUUUUACAAUGUCUGGGGAAACCUCAUUGCUGCUUAUGGUCUUGCAAAACGAUACCAAGCAAACGGGAUAUCUAUCAGUAUGGAGCAAGUAUUGGAGAACCCUGACAUGCAGUCUCAGGUAGCAUUGCUCAUAAACAUAGCCAAUUAA